ACGAUUUUUUCAUAUUUUUUUGAUAAGUGAAAAUUAACUUCGUAAAUUGUUCUGAUUUUUCUUAGUGGCGAUUCUUACGUGAUGUGGAAAUUGGGAAAUAAUUUUAUCAUUCUCAAUUAGCAUCCUCGUUUAGCUCUGCUUGUGAAUUCCAUCUCCCUGUGAUCAUAGACCCAGACGUAUUUUACACUCGGGAAGAUUACGCAGUGAGCGAUGGAUUUGUCCGGGCAUGAUCAGCUGGCGAAGUCAAGCGAGUUAAUUCGAACAGAGCGCACUGGUGUGCAUUCGCAUAUCCGCAAUCUCGGUUUAACCAAUGACUUGGAACCUCGUCCCACCUCCGGUGGUCUUGUGGGGCAGCUGAAAGCCAGAAAAGCCGCUGGCUUUAUCGUGCGCAUGGUUAAAGAUGGAAAAGUCACAGGACGCGCCGUUCUUAUUGCGGGCCAGCCAGGAACGGGAAAGACUGCUCUUGCCAUGGCCAUGGCCAAGGAAAUGGGCGAAGGUACGCCAGUCACGCUUAUGUCGGCCAGUGAAAUUUUCUCCCCUGAAAUCAGCAUCGCAGAGGCUCUGACGCAGUCAUUACGUCGUUCUGUGGGCAUUAGGAUAAAAGAGGAAACCGAAAUUAUUGAGGGCGAAGUGGUAGAAGUGGUCACAGAACGCCCAGCCACCGGAAUGGGAGCGAAAGCUGGCCGUCUGACGCUGAAGACCACGGAAAUGGAGACUGUUUAUGAUCUCGGAGGAAAAAUGAUCGAAUCUAUCAUCAAAGAAAAUAUCAUUGCCGGGGACAUCAUCACCAUCGACAAGGCCACCGGACGCAUUGCCAAACUGGGACGUUCGUUCGUCCGAGCAAGGGACUAUGAUGCCCAAGGUGCACAAACACGAUUCCUCCAGACGCCCGAUGGUGAAUUGCAGAAACGCAAGGAAGUCACGCACAUGGUGACACUUCACGAUAUUGAUGUUAUUAACAGUCGGCAACAAGGAUUUCUUGCCCUUUUUUUCUGGUAAGAAUCAUGUGACACCGGCGAAAUUAAACAGGAAGUUCGAGACCAGAUCAACCAAAAAGUAGCAGAAUGGAAAGAAGAAGGCAAAGCCGAAAUUGUUCCUGGGAUUCUGUUUAUUGACGAAGUGCAUAUGCUGACCAUUGAGUGUUUCGCGUUUUUGAACCGUGCGCUGGAAGCAGAUAACGCACCCAUUGUCAUAAUGGCUACAAAUCGAGGCAUUACUCGAAUUCGCGGCACCAAGGAACAAAGUCCCCAUGGCAUUCCCGUGGAUCUGCUUGAUCGCUCGUUGAUAAUCUCAACCGAACCCUACACGGAAAAAGAGAUACAUGAAAUCUUAAAAAUUCGUUGCGAGGAAGAGGACGCCAACAUCGAAGAAGACGCGUUGAAGAUGCUAGCAGAAACAGCCAGCACAGCGUCGCUACGCUAUUCCAUGCAACUGAUCAUGGUAGCCAAAGUACUGUGCAGGAGAAGAAAGGCCAUGGAGAUCAACAAGGACGACAUCAUGAAGGCAUAUCACUUAUUCAUUGAUGAAAUCAGAUCGGCGGAUUAUUUGCAGAAACAUUCCGAGGAGUAUUUAUUUCACCGUCAAGAUCAGAGUAUGGCAGGAGGAGAUAACGCGGCUGUGAACCGUGGCGAACCAAUGUCGGUUGAAUAAUUUCUGUCUGUUGACUGCACUUUUCACUGCGGUCUGCUUUAUCCUUGUUGUUGUUUAUUGUUACACUGACAACUAUUGUUGUUUUUGCCAGUUCCUUGCUUUAUGCAGGUCUGAUAUCUAAUCACUGAUCAGUUAAUAAGGUACCCUUCUAUGGUUAUAAUCCUUUUCCGACAACAAGAACAACGUUACGUCAGAUG